UUUACACCUCCCGCCCGCCAAGAUCUCCCCUUCCAGGCCCUUGGUCUGGCCACUGGGGGCGCGCGCAGCGCGUGGCAGGCGGUAGCGGCGCUGGCGGCUGAGAGCGCGGGUCGCGUAGCAGUGCGUGGUUGCUAGGGGCGCCUGAGCCCGCCUGCUAGCCCAGCAGGCCAGGGGAGGAAGCAACCCGGAGCCGGCGCCCUGCCCGGGCGAAGCUGGGUCCGCUAGGUUUGAUCACAGCGAGGACAGCAGGAAAACCGCUGAAAACACCCUAGGACUCCAGUGUUCUUCUCUCAGAGCCCCAGAGGAUGACCAAAACAGAUCACCCAAGAAACAGCGAGGUGGAACUGUUGCUUCCUGGAGGACCACUGUAGCGGCAGCGGGUCUGCCCCCCUGGCUCUGUCCCAUUCCCAGUCGUCUCUCUCCCCUCAGGCUGACGGACUUCAAGGAUGCAGCCGCUGCCUUUGGAGAUGUGUGGCACCGCACCUGAGCUGGGCCAUGAGGUCAUGCGGCCGUGAGGUGGGCCCCUCAUGGCCUCAACAGGAACAGAGCACUACAGUAUUGGUCUCCGCCAGGGAAACGGCUUUAAACAGAGCGGUCCCUCGGGCACAGUGCCUGCCCUGCCACCCGAGAAACCCUCUGAGGGCAAGGCCUGGUCUCAGGCUCAGCGACAGGUUAAGCCAGUCUGGAACCUGGAGAAGAAGCACGUGGGGACCCUUUCAGCAAGGUUAAGCCCACGCCUUUUGGGUGUCUCACCCCAGCCAGCGUAUUUCUUUUGCCCCAGAACUUCAUGUAGCUCUGGGACCACAGCUGCCCUUACAGGCCAUCGCAGCUCCUGGUACCAGCCUUCUCUGUGGGUACCCGGCUUGUUCAGCAAUACCCUGCUGUACCGCCGCUCCAGCUGGGGGCACAGAACUUAUCGGCAUCUGCAGUCUUUCUGCUUACAUUCAAGCCCAUCAGAAAAAAGACCUUUUCCUUUCCCUCAAAAGCACCUUCCUGUCAGACUCACUGCCAAUAAAGCCACUUCUUUACCAGUCUCCGCCAUGGCCCAGUCCAUGGCAUCCUGCCCCGCAGACCCAUACCUCUCACUGGGAGCAGCAGGGGAAAACCAUUCAGGGAAGAGACUGGCCUCUGCCAUCUCAGGGAAGAUGCUAUCUCCACUCUCCUCCUCUUCCUACAAGCCUGUGCUAAGUAACAACUCCUUCAUGCGGCCAAAUAGCACUAAAGUGCCUUUCUCACAGGCCACAGAGGGCCUAAAGCCAGUAUCCUCACCCAAGAUCCAGCUUGUCUCCUGGAAUCACGCAGGGGGCACUGGAGACUGUGUUCUCCAGCCUACUGAGCACAAGGUACCCAAGAGCAAUGGCAUUGUCCUACAUGGUGCCCUCGCGCACGGCCCCCUGCCGACCCCUGGCUCCUUAGACACUUCCACCACCAGUGUUGCCUCCCCCCAGCACAACCAGGGUAACAUAGCCGUGAAGGUAAAGCCACGUCCCUGUGGCCUGGAUGGCGACUCUGUCCCUCAGCUUCUAACCAAGGAGGUUCAAUUCACUGAGGCUGUGAGGAAGUUCAAUACAAGUGGCUUUGAGAAGCUGAGGCCAGGCUACCAGUUUGAAUCAUCUGGCUCAGUGAACCCCAGCUUGCAGUGGAGUCUCCUCAACAGGAACAGUCGGUGGAAACCUCCCGUGGUGGGCCAGCAGCUGCCUCCGGAGGGUGCUGGGGCAGCCAGGGUCCUCCCUGGAACCUCGGACACCUUGCAGUUGGACAGUACAGUCAUUUGUACCAAACGCAUCAGCAUUCACCUCCUUGCCUCACACAAAGGCGGGCUCAGCCGCAGCCCUGCCCAUGGUUCUGUGAUCGACUCCUCACCACUUGGAGAAGACAAAACACCAGUUCUGCCUUGUCCCCGCCAGCCCUUUGGCUUAGCUGAUGUGGCCACCCGCCUCUCUUCCAUCCAUCUGGGCCACCUUGGGAAGGAGGGGCCUAAAGAAGCCAGGGAGCUAGACUCACCUGCUAAGGAUAUUGGUUCAGCUGCUGACCUCCAGCUAGACCAGGUUGAGGUUGAAGAUCUAGAAGAAGAGCUGGUGGAUGGUUUGGAAGACUGCUGUAGCCAUGAUGAAAAUGAAGAGGAGGAAAGAGAGUCGGAGCGCUCCUCCUUCAGUUCCGUCUCCUCCAGCGAGUCGGUAGCUGUGAUCUCUCGGGGCUGUGUGGAGGCUGCGACCAAACCUCUUUCCAAUGAGAAAGUUGUCCGACCAGCGCUCACCUACAGUCUCUUUCCCAACGUGCCUCCUACCAUCUAUUUUGGCACUCGGGAUGAGAAAGUGGAGAAGCUUCCCUGGGAGCAGAGGAAGCUGCUCCGGUGGAAGAUGAGCACAGUGACCCCCAACAUUGUCAAGCAGACCAUCGGACGGUCGCACUUCAAAACCAGCAAGAGAAAUGAUGACUGGCUGGGCUGCUGGGGUCACCACAUGAAGUCUCCCAGUUUCCGAUCCAUUCUGGGGCAUCAGAAGCUAAACCACUUCCCGGGUUCAUUCCAAAUUGGGCGGAAGGACCGGCUGUGGCGGAACCUAUCCCGCAUGCAGAGCCGCUUUGGCAAGAAGGAGUUCAGUUUCUUCCCCCAGUCCUUCAUCCUGCCCCAGGAUGCCAAGCUCCUGCGCAAAGCCUGGGAGAGCAGCAGCCGCCAGAAGUGGAUUGUUAAACCACCAGCAUCCGCUCGAGGCAUUGGCAUCCAGGUCAUUCACAAGUGGAGUCAGCUCCCUAAGCGAAGGCCCCUUCUGGUACAGAGGUAUCUGCACAAACCCUACCUCAUCAGUGGCAGCAAAUUUGAUCUGCGCAUCUAUGUUUACGUCACCUCCUAUGAUCCUCUGCGGAUUUACCUCUUUUCAGAUGGGCUCGUCCGCUUUGCCAGUUGCAAGUACUCCCCUUCCAUGAAGAGCCUCAGCAACAAGUUCAUGCACCUGACCAACUACAGCGUCAAUAAAAAGAAUACUGAGUACCAGGCAAAUGCGGAUGAAACAGCCUGCCAGGGCCACAAAUGGGCACUGAAGGCUUUAUGGAACUACCUGAGCCAGAAGGGAGUCAAUAGCGACGCCAUCUGGGAGAAGAUAAAGGAUGUUGUUGUCAAAACCAUCAUCUCGUCGGAACCCUACGUGACCAGUCUGCUGAAGAUGUACGUGCGACGGCCCUAUAGCUGCCACGAGCUCUUUGGUUUCGACAUCAUGCUGGAUGAGAACCUCAAGCCCUGGGUCCUGGAAGUCAACAUUUCCCCAAGCCUCCACUCCAACUCUCCGUUGGACAUCAGCAUCAAAGGCCAGAUGAUCCGUGACCUUCUGAACCUGGCGGGCUUUGUCCUGCCCAACGCCGAGGAUAAUUCCAGCUCCAGCAGUUCCAGCAGCUCCACCACCAGCCUGCCCAGCUGCCCCAGGGACAAAUGUCGGAUGGCCCCGGAGCAGUUCACUGCACAGAAGUUGAAGAAAGCCUAUUACCUGACCCAAAAAAUUCCUGAUCAGGACUUUUAUUCGUCUGUGCUGGAUAUCCUGACACCAGAUGACGUUCAGGUUCUGGUCCAGAUGGAGGAUGAGUUUUCUCGCCGGGGUCAAUUUGAACGAAUUUUUCCUUCUCGAAUAUCUUCUCGAUAUCUCCGCUUUUUUGAGCAGCCACGAUAUUUCAACAUUCUCACCACCCAGUGGGAACAGAAGUACCAUGGCAACAAGCUCAAAGGAGUAGAUCUGCUUCGGAGUUGGUGCUACAAAGGGUUCCACACAGGAGCCAUCUCUGAGCCUGUUCCACUGUGGUCUUUCCCGACAUCACCUCUGACUGUCCCAAAGGGUGACGACGUGACUCUCAGUGCUUCACCCGAGCCAGAGACUGGCAUGCUGGGGAAACCUACUUCCUCAAAAGACAGCGAGGACACUAGCAACGAGCCCAGCCUUUCCACGCAGAUCCUGCCUGUACACAAGUACUCUGGGAAGACUUCGAGAUUCUCUGCUUCCCCCAUGUCCCAGUCAACCGGUGACUCACUCCUGGCUGCUGUGAGCCCGUGACUGGCCUCUUUCACUAGCCCCUGCCCAGGAGCACCAGCGUUAGCUACCUCACAGGAACUGGCCUGCUGGCUGGCCCGAACCCCCACGCCCUCCACCUCACCCCUCUUCAGAGUAUUUUUUGAAAUGGAUGAAUUACAGAGAUGGGUGUCCGGAGGGCUGGCAGGGUAGUGGGGGUGGGGAGGGGGUCAGGAAGGUUCACCGGAUGGUACGUCAUAUCGCAGCAGAGAAGCCAGUGAUGGCCACUCAGUCUUAUAAAGCGGGUUUGGUUUCUGCCUUCAGAGAGCCGUGUGUGGUUUGUUGUAGGCCUCGGUGCACUGAUCGAAUUAGAGUUAAGGGGAGAAGACAGGCCUGAGGUCCUUUGAAACGGAGGAGGUUCCCCUGAAGGUUCGCAUUUCCUCUCUCGUCGCCCUUUCUCCUUUCCCCGCCCUCUGUCCUGAGGAGCCACUUUCAGAAACCUCCAGACUUCUGCACACAGGGAGCGGCUAGGACGUGACGACACCGUUUCCUGUUAGGCUAGUCCUGCGAGCUUCCCCACCUGCAGACCAUUUGUCUUUUCAUAGAUCCGCCUGCCAGUAGCCCUGGGUCUUCCUAUUCUGACUUCAUGUCACUGCUUGGUCAGCCUUCUAGACUUCUCAGUCAUGGGCGUUACCUCUUCAGCUCUUGCUUUUCCGAGGGGAAGAGGCUCUGUGAACUUUGUGCAUUUCCUACAGCCCCAGUGAAGGAACCUCGAUAAUGCCAGUUGGUUGCCUGUGUCCAUAUAUGCGAGGACACAUCCCUGUGGGAGUGUGGAGGGGACUGCGAUUUCCCCACAACCCCCAGGAAGGCUCCCAUUGUGUUUACUCCCUUUGCCAUCUCUGAUUGGGCUCACGGGUCACACGGACAGGCAGAGGCUGCUGCUGUGGCAGAGGGGUUCCAGGAGCAGUCACCAUUGUAGGACGGGUUUCCAGUCGGACUGUGGGCUAAACUCUUGUACUCUCAACUGAAUCUACCUCUCCCCAAGACUCAGUACAGCAGUGACUGUUGAAUACAUUUGACUGAGUGAACCAUCCAGACAGAUCUCCAAGGACACGAGCACCUGAGCCAGAAAGUCUACCCCUGGACUCCUGGGGCAGGGUGGAGUCCAGGGGAUGAAAGGUGGGAGAGCUUGGAUCAGAAAGGUGGUUUUCACUCGAGCUACACUGCUCCUCAGUUUGGCACUUCCUGGUUGCUGCUCGCCCCCUCCCUGGCCUCAUGAUCCCUUUACUUCAUUUUUCUAGCUGCAGGGCUCAGCGGGAAGCCAACUGGCCCCUGUCUGUGACAUCCAAGUUUUCCCCAUUGCACAUCAGGCAGAGGUUCACAGUCCCACUCUGGGCUCUGCCUUCAUUCUCUGAGCCCCGGAAAGAUGGAGGCCAUCCUGUUUCAUAGCUCCUGGAGUGCUGUGGCAAGCUGGGAUGGAGCCAAGGGAAAGUCUCCAAGAGGCCUCACUAGGUAAGGCCACACAGGUAGGUGGCUGUGCUGGCCAGUGUGAAGGCCGCGUGGACAGUUGGGAAGGAAGCUCGGUGGCAGAGCGCUGGGGGCAGCUCCUGCUGCUCCAUAGUAAGGACUUCAAGUUCAGGCCCAGCAGAAGUCACUGAUGCCAACUCCCUCUUGUUCUACGUCAGUGCAGAAGUGUCACAAUGAAUCUUGUGUCGAGGACGGUAAGCAGCCUUCCUAAGAAAACUAGCCACCUGCUUAAGCAGUUUUGUCCUCUGGUCUAGGGCUUAGGUGUAGAGGCCUGCCUUCCCGAGCUGGUUUAGUCCUUGGAAACCAGCUUCAGUUCUUUGGCCUGCCUUUCAAGCAUCCUGACAGCACAGCCAGGCCAUCUCCAUCUGUGUGGCUGGAGAGGGGACCGGCAUUGCAGCGUAAUGGAAAUGCAGAUGGGGCAGGCAGGACUUAGGAAAUCAAAUGACUGAUGAAAAUAGAGUGGCCUUGGUGUAAGAUCUGUUUAUACAUACAUUGUUUUUAAUUUUCAUCACAUUUGAGUAUCCGAUAGAUGCGUUUUGCUGGGUGGGAGGAGGAAUGGGGCUUAUGUAUCCUAUUUCCAUUUCACCCUUGACAGAAAAUUAAAUCUUACUAAGCUUUCUGCAUACUUACUUAGCAACACCUACCCACAGGAUAAGGAACUCAGCUAAAUAAGGAAUUUUGGAGAAGUAGUGAGGUUUCUUUGAAAGUUUAAAUUUGGGA